UGCGCUCUGUGCCAUUCAUUUGAAGUGCAAAUGCUUAUAACGUGCACUGCUACAUAGAUGAGAUAAGAGCUGCUGUCAGUAGGUCUCUCAUCCCGGGAAGAAGGCAAAACCAAGUCACGGACAGAUCCAAGCCAUCUGGCGCACACACAGCUUUUUCAUUUUUGACGCACAGACGCGCACUGACUGCAGCCCCAGGACCUGACAGCUUAUCUAGUCCACACCACUAAGCAAACUAUCGCCGAACAUGGAGCGCAGAAUCCCAGAUUUCUCCGGCACUUGGGAGAUGAAGAGCUCUGAAAAUUUUGAGGAACUCUUGAAAGUGUUAGGUGUGAACGUGAUGCUACGCAAGAUUGCAGUGAAGGCAGCCUCCAAGCCCCUUGUGGAGAUUACUCAGGAUGGAGAAACGCUCUCUAUUAAAACAUCAACCACAGUCCGAACCACCCACAUCACCUUCACUGUUGGGCAGGAGUUCAAUGAGACCACUGUGGAUGGGCGUCCCUGCACGAGUUUUCCACGUUGGGAAACAGACAGCAAGAUCAGCUGUGAGCAGACUCUGCAGAAAGGAGAGGGGCCUAAGACAUCUUGGACCCGAGAGCUCACCAGUGACAGCAAGCUGAUCUUGACCAUGAGAGCAGAUGAUGUGAUAUGCACCAGAGUCUACGAACGACAACAAUGAACAAGAGCACUUCUCACUUUUUGCCCUUUCAGCUCGCCCCGCGUCUACAGCAUCACCGCUUUGCGUCAUUGCUCCUCUUUGUCAGAGCUGGGAAAUAGCAGCCUAUAGUUUUAUUCCAGCAUCCAUGUUAGCUUCACUAUAUAAUAGGUGUGGUAAUUGUAUCUAGCAUGUCACAUGUACACUAUAGUCUUAGCUACUGUGCUAUCCGUCUGUCUUUCCAGACCCAUCAAACGUGACCAGCUGAAGAUUUAAACAUGAAAAUGUCUUCUGCAUUGUAUGUAGACUUGCUGAGGAACAUCUUGUGUAUUUGGCAUUGUGUGUUUGAGUGUGAGUGUGAGUGUGUGGAAGGAGACGGGGUGUGAGACUAUAUUUGUAGACGUGUAAACCAAUCUGAGCUCUUCCAGUCUUCGGGUCAGUUUUGAUGUGUCCCUCUGUCCUCUCUGUUGCCCUGCCCUCACAACUUUAACCUUUUUCUAUCUCAUGAUGACAUUUUAUAUUUAUUACUACGCUAGUGUCGGUUUUUACAUUGUGCCUCUUUUAUACGAAAUGUGAUCGUAGGAAACAACACUUUCUAUGGGAAAACAAUAAACUACGACAUUAACUCA